GCUUGGGAGAGAGACUAAUCCCUUCCCUCCUCAGACCAGGAGCGCAGACACAAAUAGAGACUCAGUCUGUAGUAUCUCAGUCAGUCAGUCAGGACUUUAAUCUGAAUAACUCAGAAGAUCUGCUCCAACUCUGAAGACUAUUGUUUUGGGACAUGUAACGCAGAAAACAUUUCAUUGCAGGAUUUCAACUACAGUAAGCUGUCCUAGCAUUGAUUGACAGUGCUCUGUCUGGACUGCCGAGGUGUCUGCUGAAGAAGUUAGCGAAGUGAAAGGGACGUUCAUCCUGCGAGCUCCAUUUAUGUGAAUGUACUUUUUCUGUGAUUGAAACUUCAGGAAGGCAUGACGGGUCAGGAGAGGAGUGAGGAGAAGAGUGAGUGUGUGUCCCUGUCUCCGAUGAUGGAGGCUGUCCCUGCCCCACCUCAGAGUGAGAGGGUGUGUGUGUUUGGGACGGGGGACCUGGGGCGCUCUCUGGGCCUGCGUCUGCUGCAGGCGGGGUACGGUGUAGUGUUCGGCAGCCGACGGCCCCACAGCAGCAGCAGCCUCCUACCCCACGGAGCACAGGUCCUGGGUCAUGCUGCAGCUUCCCAGUCAGCCCAUCUGAUCUUCAUCGCUGUCCAGAGAGAACACUACGACUUCCUGGUACCACUGGCCAAUCAGCUAAAGGGAAAGGUGUUGGUGGACCUCAGUAACAACCUGAAGAAGAAUCAGUACCCAGAGGCCAACGCAGAGUACCUGCAAAGUCUGGUUCCUGGAGCUGAGGUGGUUAAAGGCUUCAACACCCUGUCUGCCUGGAGUCUGCAGAAUGGACCUUCAGAUGCCAACAGACAGGUGUAUAUCUGCGGGGAAAGUGUGGAGGCCAAGCAGGCGGUGAUAGCGGUAGCCACCAAGCUGGGUUUCAGUGCCUUGGACCAGGGAUUUCUCUCAGUGGCCCGGGAGCUGGAGGACUUCCCCCUACAGCUGUUCCCCCAGUGGAGGCUCCCCCUGCGCAUCUCCAUUGGCCUCAGUGCUGCCUUCUUCUUCUACCUACUGAUCAGAUACGUCAUCUAUGCAUACGUCACCCAGGGCGAAGACAUCUCCUUCAGAAUCAUGGUCUCACUGGCCAACCAGGUGUGUCCCAUCGUGUCUCUGAUCAUGCUGUCUCUCUGUUACCUGCCUGGUGUCCUGGCUUCCUUCCUGCAGCUUUACAGAGGCACCAAGUACAGGCGCUUCCCUAAUUGGCUGGAUCGCUGGAUGCUGUGCAGGAAACAGCUGGGUCUACUGUCGUUGGGGUUUGCCUUUCUGCACGUGCUCUAUACACUGAUCAUACCCAUACGGUACUCUGUGAUGUUCUGGGUCACUGAACACACUGUCUCUCUGAUCAGAGAGAACAGGACCACAAUGUUUGAUACUACAACGGCCUGGCAUGACGACUCCUACUUGUCCCUGGGAAUUCUGGGAUUUGGCCUGUACGUCCUAUUGGGAAUCACAUCUCUUCCCUCCGUCAUUAACGCUCUCAGCUGGAGGGAGUUCAGCUUCGUACAGUCCAAGCUGGGUCACCUGACUCUGCUGUUGUGUACGGCGCACACCUACCUGUACGGCUGGAACAGAUUCCUGAGUUCCUCCACCUACAAGUGGUACACCCCACCGGGCUACAUGCUGUGUCUGGUGCUUCCCUCUGUGGUGCUGCUACUCAAGCUGCUGCUCAUAACCCCCUGUGUGGACCGAACCAUCACUCGCAUACGACAGGGCUGGGAGAGGGGGGCAGAUCAGAGGAACCCUAAAGACAGCCAACCACUGAUACCUUAACCUGUUGACGGGUUAGGGUUCCCUUUUGGGAACGACCCCUCCCCCGUUCAGCUGGAACGUGGCGCAUGGAACGCAAAAAUAUUCUUAGAAAUAUUUAACCUCCACACAUUAACAAGUCCAAUAGCUCAAAUGAAAGAUAAACACCUUGUACAUC